AUGAAGGGCGGUGUUGCAGUGCUCCUGCUAGAGCUCUUCACCUCGGCGGCGGCAUACAAAGCCACCACCACCAGGUAUUACGAUGGCCAAAAGGGCGCUUGUGGCUGUGGAUCCGGCUCGGGAUUGUUCUCUUGGCAGCUUGGCAUUGGCAACGGUGUAUACACCGCCGCAGGUUCUCAGGCGCUUUACGACACCGCAGGUGCCAACUGGUGCGGUGCCGGCUGUGGCAAGUGCUACAAGCUCACAUCCACUGGCGCACCCCCUUGCACGGACUGCGGUACCGGCGGCGUAGCCGGUAAAAGCAUCAUCGUGAUGGUCACCAACCUCUGCCCUUACAACGGCAAUCAGCAAUGGUGUCCUAACCCCGGCGCAACCAACCAAUACGGGUACAGCUACCACUUUGACAUUAUGGCCCAGAACGAAAUCUUUGGCGAUAACGUGGUGGUGGACUUUGAACCGAUCGCCUGUCCGGGUCAAGCGACGACCGACUGGCAGUCUUGUGGCUGUUAUGGCCAGACGGAGACGGAUACCACUCCCGUAGGGUUGGAGUCUGGAGGCGGCGGUAGCGGUGGCUCUUCUCAAUCGUCGACCACCACUUUGCAGCAGAGCACCACUACUCGGACGACUUUGACGCCCACGACAACUUCGGGCUCGGGUUCGGGCUCUUCUGGUGGAGCUCAGUCGGUCUAUGGACAGUGUGGAGGUAGUGGAUGGACUGGUCCAACAAACUGUGCCUCGGGCUCCACGUGCAAGGCUCAGAACCAGUGGUACUCGCAGUGUCUUCCUUGA